AUGGAAUUAGUCGCCCCCACUUUACUGGCCAUCGUUCUCGUAUGUUGCUGUCUUCAUCUGCUACGCUCUCAAGCAUCCCGACUCCCGUUGCCUCCGGGUCCCACCCUUCUCUCCAGACCAUUUCCCGAAAAAGAUAUCGCGACCACAUUUCAGAAAUGGAACCAAAGAUACGGUCCUGUUAUUAGCUUCAGAGUUGGGAGCCGUACGUUUGUCGUCCUCGGAACUCGGCAAGCCGCACAGGACCUGCUGGAAAAGCGAGGCAGCAUCUACAGCUCUCGGCCACCCUCGGUAUGGAUGGAAAAGUAUCUCAAUAAGGGACUGGCAGCAGCAUUCAUGCCGUAUGGCCAUGAGUGGAGGUUGAACCGACGCUUGCAUGGCUCCCUACUGAGUGCUCAUCACACCAAUGCAUAUCGUUCUUUGCAAGACAUCCAAAGCAAGCAGCUCCUGCACGACUUUCUCUCGACUAAUGAUUUCUCCCACUGUUUUCAUCAAUAUACGUCGAAUGUGAUGUUUACUCUGGUGUACGGAAAAGGAAGAGGAAAGGAUGACAAUGACCACAGAAGAUUGGAGCAAAUUAACGAAUUGGCCGGGUUUGUGUUGCAAGGGGCGUCUUUCUGGACCUUCCUGAUGGACUUGUUCCCUAUUCUCGACUACGUGCCGCGGAUCUUCUGGAAAUGGAGGACAGAAGCCGCCCGACUCCACGACAGGACUAUGGUUGUGUAUCGCGAAUGCUGCGAAGAGGCUCUUACAGCAGAAUGCUGGCACUGGAGCAAAGAAGUCACACAGAAACCGGACAUCAUGCAGCUCCCUUGGGACAACGUCUGCUACUCGCUCGGGGAGCUGUAUGUGGCAGGCAUUCACACGACCAAAAUGGUGUUGGAGCUGUGUGUCAUGGUGAGCAUCUUGUAUCCCGACGUGGUAUGCAAGGCACAGCAGGAGCUGGACUCGAUGGUGGGUGCAGAUCGAUUGCCGUCAUUCGACGACAUGGAAAGGCUGCCGUUCAUCAAUGCGAUCAUCUCGGAGCUCCUGCGAUGGCGGCCAAUAUCCCCUAUUGCCGUGCCGCACGCGGCCAUACAAGACGAUGAGUACAUGGGCUAUUUCAUCCCCAAGGGGGCAACAGUCAUUGCCAAUCAAUUCGGCAUGAACAUGGACGACGCAUUCUUCUAUGACCCUUCCAGCUUCCACCCGGAACGGUAUGUAGAGAAUCCGGAUCUUCCUGUCUCGGCCUUUGGCUUUGGCCGGAGAGCGUGUCCCGGUCACCGCCUGGCUCGGUCAAGCUUGUUCAUUGUCAUCUCGCGUUUGCUUUGGGCUUUCCAUAUUACAUCCGCCAACAAGGAACCAUUGACCGAGGAAUCCUCGCCGGCUGCUGUCAAGGCCACAUUCCGGGUCCGCAGCCCUCACAGACAAAAGAUUAUCGAAAGGGACUGGGCUUUGGCAGAGAAGGAUGAACGCAUUGUUCUGUCACAGAUUGAAUCUAGAAUUCGUGGUAAAUAA